UAAUGGAUAGAGAACUAGCCUCAGAUUCAGGAAGUCUUGGGUUCCAAUCCUAUCCCUCACUGUACUGGUUAUAUGGCCCUGAACAAGUCACCUAACUUUUCAGUUUACUUCACAUGAAACUCUUUAAGUUGUAGAGAAAAUAACCAUUUGAUUCAAUAUAGACUGAGGAACUUAGUAGCCUGAUAUAGUGGAGAGUAGUGGAUUUUUAAGCAGAAGGUUGAAGUUUGAAUCCCAAUUUGGCCAUUUAUUUAAUAGUUGUAUGAUCUUCUAGUUCCCAGGAAAUUAGAAUAUAAACUCCUUGAGGGCAGGUACUGCUUUUUUUUUUUUUUUGUAAUCCUAGUGACUACCAAAAUCCUUGCACUUAAAAAACCCUUAAUAAACAGUUGAAUUGAAUGAAGGGGUGGGGUGGGGUCUAGAAUUGUGAACAGACACAGUCUAAGUUCUUACCUCACAAUGCUUCCCAUUUCUAAAGGGCAGCAAGGCUAUGAAAGCAUCUAGUUCUUUUGGACCAGGAGAUCUCAGCAUUUCACAGAAUACCAUUCACUCAUACUGCCAUUUUAAUUUUCUCUCAAAUUGCCCUUGAGAGGGAUAUAAGUAUCCCUCAAGUCAAUGAGGGACUAAGUGCUCAGAACAUUCUCAGGGGGCUCUGCCUGCUGCUUGCCCAUGGGGAGUUUUGGGGAACCUGCUUUCAGAAACCCAAGUAGACGAGGAAUUGAAGGGCCAGGCUUUUUAUUGGAGGGCAUGUGCAAGUACUGUAUAAUGCUUUUCUAUUCUGUUUACUUUGUGAUAAAGAAAAUGUCUUUUUUUGACUGAUGAGGCAAAAAUAAGAGUAGACAAAAAAAAAAAAGACUUCAAUUGAGAAACUAGCUCUUUUUUCUUCCUGAUAGUCAAAUUAGGAUAGGGUAAGGAAUGACAAUUCUUGAGUUCUGAAAGGUUUUGGUAGGUUACUACUUGUCUUUUCCCUCUCACCAGUCAGUUCCUGAGCACACUCUUCUAGGUAAACUUGUCUGGAUGGGAUACCUCUUGUUUUGGUGUCUUCUUUCCUUUGGUACAAGGCCUUAUGAGAUCUUAAAAGGAUAAAAUAGCCACCAAGUCUUGUGGCUGAGUUUGGGAAAGAGCCAGGAGUGAGGAAUGACCUGCUUGACGCAGCCCAAUGUUGGAUUAACCAGACAGCUGAGGAAUUCAUGCAAGCAAGGGACCAGUCUAUCAGUUAUGAAGCACAUGAAACUAAACUCACUGAAACAUAAGGCAAGCCUAUCCUAGAAUGAAUGGUUUAUUCAGGAGACCAUGUGCUCAUGGGCUAGCUCCAUGGAAGGAAGGACACCUAACCUCCUCAGCCUCCAACCCCAAUUCCCCCCACUCCCAGUCUUCCAGAUCUCAGAGUCAACCUUAUGCUAAGUGGUGUCCACAAGAAGGAAAGAUUGCAUUUCAUCACUGGGAUACUUGCAGCCUUUUUGGAGAACUGAGGCCCAGAGGGACUUGCUUCCAGGGGUCAUACACGGUAGUAAAGGGAUCCAAAAUGUGGAAGAGGAACAAGAGAAUGAGGACACAGAAAAGGAGAAGGAGGCUAAAGAUGAAGAAGAGGAGGUGGAAGAAGAUAAAGAGGAGCAGGAAAAGGAGGAAAAGAAAAAGGAAGAGGAGGAGGAAGAGAGAGAAAGUAGAGCAAACUGAGGAGGAAGAAGAGGAAAAGGAAGAAGAGGAAGAAGAGGGAGGAGAAGAAGAUCAAGAUGAGGAAGAGGAGGAGGAAGAGGAAAAAGAGGAGGAAGGUGAAGAGGAGGAAGAAGAGGAAGAGGAGGAAGAGGAGGAAGCAGAAAAAGAGAAAGGGAGAAAUAUCCAGCAGAAGGAAGAGUCAGCUUUUUUUUUCCCAAAACUUAUCAGCAAGGAUGACUUAACCCAUCCAUCGAGUUGGAUAUCUACCCUACUUUAAAAAGUGCUUCAAUAAAAGGAAAUCUCACACUAUA